AUGACGAGAUCAGGACCGCCUGUCGUGAUAUCCCCAUCGUCAACCUUGAAGGAGAAGAAGAGGAAAGUUUUCUAUGAACACGGCAAGGAUUCUGUGGAGCUAGCGGUCUCAAUCGGCAAGACACAGGAGGAUAAAGCGUUGCUUAAGGCUGAGAAACACCAUCAACCACAGGCUGGUCAGCCCCGAUCCAAGCGUACACAUCAGAAAAGCAGGACAAAAAAGAAAUUGGAGGAGGUGAAAGCUACUAUUGUGAGCCAGCGGGCUCGGCUGAAAAGGGAGAAAGUAAAAAUGCGCAAGGAGCGCCCGGAGCGCGCGGUCUAUCAAAAGUCAAGCCCGUCAAGUAACGCACAGGACCGCGCCCCCCGCAAGAGGGUAUCCUUUGCUUAG